AUGCCGCCGCUUUACUCCUCCAAUCUGCAGCCCGAUGCGCGCGACUCACUAGAGCUCGCCUCUCUGGCGAGCUCCAGUCCCGGGGCUGCUACCACCGAUAGUGACUCGAGGCCCAGCAUCUCGUCGUCCCGACGAGCCUCCCUCGAGCGGGACGAUCCCUUGGACGGCUCGAACCCUGCCGCCGCUGGCAGUCGACCAGGCUACCAUGGCCGCUCUUUUUCAGUGUCAUCCACCUUCGACUUCGCUUCAAACCUCUUCCCGUUAUCGUCCACCACGGGCGCUGGAUAUGCUCCCAUCGGCGCAUCCACAUCGACAACCCACGCGAACGGCGGGCUCGGGGGAGGGUCGUUGGAGAAGCACAAGACAUUGACUUAUCUCAACGGCUUGUCUUUAAUAGUUGGCUUGAUCAUUGGGUCCGGGAUUUUCUCAUCGCCGAGCCAGGUCAACGCCAAUGCCGGCUCGCCUGGCGCGGCGCUCAUAAUAUGGGUGGUGGCGGGUAUCCUCGCCUGGACCGGCGCGGCGAGUUACGCAGAGCUCGGGGGCGCCAUCCCCCUCAAUGGAGGGGCGCAGGUCUAUCUCUCCAAGAUAUUCGGAGAGCUAUCCGGCUUCCUAUUCACGUGGGUGGCCGUCCUCGUCCUGAAGCCCGGCAGCGCCGCAAUCAUAGCCAUCAUCAUGGGCGAGUACCUCGUGAGGGCUUUCAUUGGGGCCGAGGCCGAGACAAUCAAUCCAUGGAUCAACAAGUCGGUCGCACUAGUGGGGUUGUUCCUCGUCACUUUUAUGAACUGCGUCUCGACGCGGCUGGGGACACGGCUGAAUGAUAUGCUCAUGUUUUUGAAAUUCGUUGCAUUGAUCGGUGUUACAAUUAUUGGCAUUGUUGUUGCUGCUACUGGGUAUUCCUUCUCAGGCACGGCGAACCUGGAUUGGAAGACGCAUGAGUGGUUCGAAGGGACAAAGCUGGACGCAUCCGCCUGGGCCGUGGCAUUAUAUGCUGGGCUCUGGGCUUUUGACGGAUGGGACAAUACAAACUAUGUCGUGGGCGAAUUCCGCAACCCUAGUCGGGAUCUCCCGCGCGUGAUUCACACUGCUAUGCCGCUGGUUAUCAUCAGCUACCUGUUAGCCAACGUUGCUUAUUUCCUUGUCCUUCCCCUAGAAGCCAUCAACUCGACCAACACGGUGGCCGUCUUGUUUGGCGCAAAGGUAUUUGGCCCGGUUGGGGCGUUGGUUAUCGCUCUCGUCGUGAGCGCAUCCUGCUUUGGCGCCCUUAAUAGCUCCACCUUCACCAGCAGCCGACUCGUCUACGUCGCCGGUAAAGAGGGGUACAUCCCCGCCUUGUUCGGACGCAUCGGCACCGGCACGGAGCAAGACCCUUCCAUGUCGACAACGCGCACGCGGUCGUGGUUCAGCAAGAGGCUUGCCCGCCUGGUGGGCGACGAGGACACGGGGCUCUUCUUCACGCCAAUCCCCGCGCUAGUGCUCAAUGCCCUCCUCACUACGGCCUACAUCUUGGUCGGCGAAUUCGGCACGCUGCUGACCUUUUACGGCGUGGCCGGCUACACUUUCUAUUUCUUGACGGUCCUGGGCCUCAUCGUGCUGCGGGUUAAGGAGCCCACACUCGAACGGCCCUAUCGAGCCUGGAUCACCACACCCAUCAUCUUCUGCUGCGUCAGUCUGUUCCUGCUGAGCAGGGCCGUGUUCGCGCAGCCGCUGCAGACGCUCACCGUCGUCGCUUUUGUCGUUGCCGGCAUUCCCGUGUAUUUCUGGCGAAUCCACGGCCGCGAUCAAGUUUCCAAGCGAGAAGCCCCUGUGUAUGAUGGGGAGCCGACUCCGUGGUGGAAAUUCUGGAAACAGGCAAAGUAG